AGCCUGGUGUGAAUGAAAGCAACCCAACGCGAGGGUGUGGAGGUGUGUCUUUAAAACGAAAGGAUUAUAAAAGGUGCAAUGGCGACGGCUUAUUGCUCUGAUUCUGGGGAAGAAUUUUCCGCUGGAAGUCGAGAGUCGGACAGUGACAGAAGCUCAGACGCAAAAACCGAUAUUCAGCUUUACGGAAAAAAGCCCUGCAGGUAUUACAACGGCCGGGGCUGCAAGGACGCUGGCAGGUGCUCUUACUUGCACUUCUGCAAGUACGCCCUCACAGGAGGAUGUCGCUACGGGUCACAGUGUAAGCUGAACCACCCCGAGGCUGGAGGAGAGUCCUCCUCGGACCCAUCGACGUCCGCUGCCCCAAAGCUGACCGAUGGCCGGUGCUACCAAUGGCAGCUCAACGACGGAAACGGCUGGCUGGACGUUGCCAAUGACCACAUCAUCGAGGCCCAGUACUCGCUGCCCCACACCCAAAGCAUCAAACUCUUCAACACCUCCUACGGGGCAGUGAGCAUCGACUUCAACAGGAUGAGGGUGUCGGGAAAGAACCUUCGGGUGAGGCGCCUGGAUGACGGGCGCACGCUCUGGCUCUGGUACUGCACUCUGGGCCGGAAGUGGACCAAGUACGGAGACGAGGAUCCAAAGGGCGUCCCCGGUCCGGUGAAGAACUCUGACAUAGAGGAAAAGUUCCAGAGCAACCCGGCGAGCUCGUACACCUUCGCCAUCGGUGCGGACACCUUCGAGAUCAAGUUCGCGGAAAUGCGACAGGUGACGGCCAAGAGAAAGAGGAAAGUCGAACGCCGACCGCUGUACCGCCAGCCACCAGCAGGAGUUCCUCAGGUGGCCUCGGCCCUCCGGGGUCUCGCCCUGGACACGGAGCCCCGGUGGCAGUUCGAAGGAGACCGGGGAGCGUGGCACGACUUCAAGCGCAGGAGCGGCGCUCCGAACGAAUGCUCCGUAACCAGCGACGAGAUCGAGAGGAAGUUCACGCAGAACCCCCACGAUGCCAUGACCUUCAAAGUGGGCCGCUGCUCCUACAAGCUGGACUUUCAAGCGAUGAUCCAGACCAACCUCAAGAACAGGAAUGUACGCAGGAUCAGGCGUGUGCUGCUCUGAACGCUUUCGAAGUUCUCAAGAAGAAAGUCUACAAAAACUACAAUCAAUCCUCCGUGUGUGAUUUGGGGAAUACUUUCUAAUGUUGUGUCUACAGAAAUACAAUUUCUAUGGAAUAUUUUGCGUUAUGUUUUUAUUUAAGAGGAGAUAAUGCUACAGUGAGGGCUGUUUUAUGUCUUGAACAUGGUUGCCAAAAGGCACUAAAGUUUACCAACCUUCACCUAAAGGCUGCUUGAGACCAAACCAACAUCGUACAGGUUAUUAGUCCAAAUAGAAAAAUGCAUCAAAUAUGUUUCACGCAAUACAAAUCUCCAUUUGAUUCCCCUAUAUAUAUAAAUAUUUUAAAGAUAUAUUUAUAGAUAUGUAUAUAUAUUUAUAGAUAUGUGUAUGAAUAUCGUGAAGCUGAUUAAAAGAAUGAGAAAUAUUCUAAAAUACAAAACAUUCUGUUUACCACAUAUUGUCUUUGAUGUCUUCAAUAUUAAUCUGCAAAGUGGAAAAAAAUAAAUAAAUA